AAUUCCAUGGAUUUUCUACUUUGGAACAAUCACCAGUAGACAGAAAACCUAAAAAGAUGGAGCUGGGAAAGGCAAAGCUGCUGAGAACUGGUCUCAAUGCUUUAUAUCAAGCCAUCCACCCUGUGCAUGGAAUCGCCUGGACAGAUGGGAAGCAAGUGAUACUGACUGCCUUGUACUACCAGAAUGGAGAGCUGAAGUUUGGAGACUCGAGUGUUGUCGGUCAGUUUGAACACGUGCAUGGGCUUUACUGGGGCCCGUGUUGCUCUACAGAGACACCAGCUCUGCUUGCUGUUCAGCACAAAAAGCACGUGAGCGUUUGGCAGCUUGGCGGCAGCAGUGCCGAGAAGAACAAACCCUUGGUUUCUCAGACCUGUGAAAUUGGUGAGCCGUUUCCACUGCUUUCCCAGGGCUGCGUGUGGCAUCCAAAACAGGAGGUCUUGGCUGUGCUUACAAAGAGAGAUGCUUCAGUCUUGCAUGCUGUUCGUAUGGACAAUAGUAGAGUUAAGGCAGACAUCAAAAGCAGUGGGCUUAUUCACUGCGCUUGCUGGACUAAGGAUGGCAAUCGUUUGGUAGUUGCUAUAGGCAGUGCCCUGCAUUCCUAUAUUUGGGAUGAUGCUCAGAAAACUCUAAAUGUCUGCUCCUUUUGCCCAGUCUUUGAUGUGGGAGGUUAUAUCUGCGCUAUGGAAGCCACACUGGAUUUCCAAAUUGCUGUAGCUACUGAGCUUCCUUUAGAUAACAUCUGCGGUUUGAAUGCGGGCAUUACGUUUGAUAUGCCAUCUGGCAGCGAAACUGGUUCUUUAAUCUCACAGUCUACGGUGUUUGGUGAUGAGGAAUACUCCAUGGACCUGCGACGAAGGUCCACAGAUUCAGACAGGUCAGUCACCGUCGAUUCAAUAGCUUCUUCUUCAUCGGGUCCUGUGGAUUUAACCCACACCCUUGCAAACCACCGGCGGUCUGAUCCCGGUCCUCUCAUUACUCUGAAACGCAAAGACUCUGCAACAAUAAAUGGUCAAGAUUCUUCUUACCUGAUCUUGGUGACUUUUGAGAGAAAGGUAACCACCACCAGAAAAGUCAACAUCCCAGGUAUUCUGGUUCCUGACAUAAUGGCUUUUGACCUUCGAGCUCAGAUUGUGGCAGUAGCCUCUAAUACUUCUAACAUUGUUUUGGUAUAUUCAGUGACCUCUUCCUGCAUGCCCCAUAUUCAACAAAUCCAGCUGGAAAAAAAUGAAAGACCAAAGGGCCUGUGCUUUUUGACUGAUAAGCUCCUGUUGAUUCUCAUCGGGAAGCAAAAGUUCCCCGAGCCUAACUUCAUUCCCUCUUCGAGUUCAGACAGGUACGUAAUGCGUCUGAUGACCAAAGAACUGAUGCUGGAAGAAGAUUCUUCAGCACUACCAGACACUAAGCAACAUAUGCUUUAUAGCUUUGUAUCCUCUGUGAACAUACCUGGAAAAAGGAAGUUCUUUGAAAAUCUUGCCAUGGAAGACCAAGCUCCAAGCAGGGAGCUGUUAAUACCAAGAAGCACAGUUAUUCAGUCUCCUAGUGGCAGGAGAAGACUCAUUGAAGAAGUGAAGAGCCCUAGUUAUGAGCAGAGCUCUUCCUCAAGUGUUAGUGACCUAGAUGAGAAAAAGCUCCCAGGUGAUGCCUCCGUUGCCUUGGAAAAUUUGGAUGCUGAACCUAUCAAUCGUUCAAUAGCUCUUCUUGGUUUUGGAACACCUGCUAGGCCUUCCAGUAGACCAGCUUCCCCUAAAGUGCAGUUCAGUGUGAUCCAAGAAACAUCGAGUUCUAAAAAUAACAAUUUGCCAAGUGAAAGAGGAAUGAGUCACAUAUCUAGAAAUUUAGAGAGACUUUGCGGCAGCUUCAACGAGUUACAGCUGAGUCUUUCUGAAAUAACAGACCUCGCUAAAAAUGGGAGAAGGGUAUCUUUAGCCUAUCCGUGUUCACAGGAACCGCCGGUUGUUCAUAUCACGUAUCAGGUAAUUUUUUCAUCAACUUACAAAUAUUGUGAUAAGCCACUGAACUUUAAAACAAUGUUUUAUUUAUAUGGCUUUAGAUCAAUAGGAUGCAGUUUAAUUCUUACCAACCCAUGA